AUGCCUCCUCCUGCCACAGGGGAGAAUGUCAUUUCCCCUAUAUCAGAUAAAGGGAGUUGGCAUGAUAGACCAAGAAUUGGCAAAUUUGAUCCUAUUGAUGGCAAAGUCAUAGAAAAUGUGGCGGAGGAGGACUGCAACAUUAUACCUGCUCCUGGAAAGGGUGUCGGAUCAUGUGAGCUAACAAUGGAUAACAAUAAUAAUAUUGUGGCUUUCGACACCGUAUUCGAAGAGGGGGAUAUAAGCAAGACAUUGCAUGGAGUUCCACUGAAGGAGGGAACUGUUCGUGUAUCAGUUGAUGGUAUACUUAAAUCAGAUGCAGUGCUUCCUUUCCCUAUCAAGGGUGAGAUGGAAUUCGUUAGGGAUGCUAUUAGGAGUCACGUAGCUUGGUCUAAAGAUCUUGUUAUCCAAACAAUGAUUAAGAAAAAGACGAAGACUCCGCAAUAUGUCAAGUCACUCUUUGAACAAGUUGAGCUUAAUCCAUGGGUGCCAAAACGGUGCAAGUUGUUGUAUAAACAUGCAACAACUAUCAUGAAAGAAACAGGGAGCUCAAUAAGCACAAUAUUGUCUGAAAAUGUGUUUGGCGUACCUAAGCAACUCUACAUAUUGUGUGAGAAUGUGAUUCAAGUGUUAGAGAUGCAGUGGAUUGGCCAAGGAGUUAUAGCAACAUAUAUGGCGUAA